AUGGGCAUGGUGGGGGUGGUGAACCCGACGAUCAACCAGACACUCCUGGCGUAUACCCAGAACGCCGUGGGGCGGAACUCGUCUUCACCCGCCGAGGCGUUUGGGGGCGAGCUCGGGACGGCUUCGUCUGAGAAGGACACGGCUGGCCACAGCUCCGGGGAGGAGGCAAUCCCCUCGGGCGGGGCAGAAUCGACUGGUGGGAGCGCGCGUGAGGGCAGCAACAGCUUGGCCAGCUCGGUUCACUGCUCUGGGAUGAGUGCUCUUGGGUCUCUCGGGGUGGCGUUGCUCUUGGCGGGCAGCGUCUAA